AAUCCUCUGUAGGUAACAGUAACUACAUUGAUUCCUUAGCUCCGUAGAUAUACAACGCAAUCUGUGCUGUUUGCGAUGGCAAGUUGAGUAAAAUUCACGACUUUACCCCAACGCUACAUAGCAUUGCAUCAUCACUAAAUAGCAAUGUCCGGGGCACUACGUCACACAUCUAGAUUGCCAGGUCAAGUCGUCUGCAUUCUGCGGUCGCAUCGCUUCUGUCAACCGGAUUUCCUCGUAACUGCAUCCAAGGAGGCUCUAAAUAAUGAAGAUGAAAGGGUGGCGCGUGCCCAUGCACCGGCGCUUCAACCCGCUGGGUGGCGCCCCCUGGGACUUCAGGGUGUUGGGUCGAUGGUGCCAGGCGUAGCCGCCGCGAGCAGCCUAACAGCGGUGCGCAUGAUGGCAUCUGGGCCAGGCAGCACCUCCGCGUUUGAAGGUCUUAAGCUCCAGCUCCCCAGCAACCCCUUCAACCGCAAGCCGCGACCCGCCGUUCAAAAGCAGGUGCUGUACCGCGGUCGCGGCAUGCUGCUGUUCCGCUUCGUGGUGCGCGCCAAGGUGUUUCAACUCAUGGGCUUCCUGGCCUGCGCCGUCUUUGCAUCGGUGGUGCUCACAACGUCAAAUCCGGAUCCCAUGGAUCUGGCAGCGGUUGGUGCGCUGGCGGUUGGUUGCGUCGUGACGUCGUACUGCAUUUGGUACUACAGCGGCCGCUACGUGGGCGAGAUGUCCCUGCUGCUGCCGGACCGCAACCGCGUGAGGUUCAGUGUGCUGGACUUCUGGGGCAACCGGGAGGACAACGACGUGCCCCUGGAGCAGGUUGUGGCGCCCUGGCGCAACCGCAGUGUCGCCGAGGUGCGCGCGCAGGCGAAGCAGGCGCUGAUGCCGGUGGAGGUGAAGGGAGACCGGCAGUACUACAUCUCGGUACCGCACGGAUACAUCUUAGAAAAGGAGGUGCUUCAAAAGUUGCUGUACGGAGCUCCUUUGGACCAAGACAGGAACGCGGCGACGACACCUGCUGCAGCAGCGUCUGGGAACCAAGCGGAGGCCAGCAGCGGGGAAUCGGCACCAGCACAAGGGGCACAAGCGCCCCCAAGUGAAGCUGCCUGUAGCUCCAGUUCGGUGGAGAAAGGUCCCGAGCCCGGUGGCAAGGAGGAGCCCGCACAACAGGGGCAGCGCCAAACACCAGGUGCCUCAUAGUAAGCUAGCGCAGGUGGCGGGGCUUGGUGCAGGCGGCUGUGAGCUUUUUACAAACUAGGUGAUGCAUCAACGUGCAUUUCGUUAUAGCUUGUGAUGUUCAGGAGGCGCGGCGCGCCGAGAGCAUUGGCAUUCGACUUGCGCCAAGUGUGGCCCCUGUA